GUUGCCAUAGCUAGACAUCUCUACAACACUUCGUAAAAAUGGCGACUCCCUGGUGAACCGAUAUUUUCAGCGAUGGCUAAUAUACUUUCUGCACGUGUUCUAUGUCGAUGUGCAUACAUUCUUCUGAUUGUUUUGAUUACGGAUGCAAAGAGCAAUGUCGCAAUCCCUUUUCUAGUUUUUCAGCCGUCGUAUCUCGUCACAUCUGGAUCUAGAUUGUCUGCUUUCUUGCUUGGAAACACAUCUGGCAUAUCCCUGACCCUGAGCUCUCUAUCGCUCUCCAAUCCCCCAGAUCGCCUUCCACCCCCAUCAGGCUCAGAAAAUCUGACACAGUGGGUUCUCACACAGGAGUUGGUGGGCAAGACUACAGUGCGAGUGCAGCUGAGUCUGAACCGCAGCCUGCUCCUGUGUGGUAAUAAUAAUGACACAGACUGCUGUCCUGAGCCACUGUGUGUGCUGGAGACUCUACGUGUGUCUGCCUGUCUGGGGAACACAUCUCAGGCUUCACUGCUAAUCCAGGCUAGGAUCUAUGCCCAGGUGUUUCCCACUGAACCUGUGUCUGACAACAAAACAGUAAUUCCCAACCAAGUGUACCGGCCCCUGGGCUCCUGUUCCUGCGACCUCACUGUGGGAGCCUGUGAUGUGCGAUGCUGCUGUGACAAGGACUGUUCCCCUGAAGCCCUGAAGCUGUUUCAGGGCCAGUGUCUUUCGGGGCCCUUUGGAGGGGAAGUUUCUCCAGUUCCUGAUUACCUGUGCACUGCACAGUCUGCUGAAAAUGCCCCUGAUUGGUUUCCAUUUCUCUGUGUCAUCUCCCUGCCUGAAAACAAUCCCUUCCUUGGACUCUUUUAUGAAGGGGACACAAUCACACCAAAGCCCAGGCCAUCUUUCCAAAGGCCAGUGCUGUCAGCUCCACUGCCCACACAUAUCUACCAGCAGGGGGAUCCCAUUUUUACCAUAAGUGAUCAGUAUUUCACCAUUCCUCAGAACUCCCUGGUUGGCCAGUGUGUAGAUAAUGCCCCUGUGGCAUUUUUGAAAAACUUCCAAGCGCAGUGUGUGACCCGUCUCCUUUCCUGCCCAACUGGACCCCCCUUACAGACGACACCAACUGAGCUGAGGGUGCAAGUCAGGGAUGGCCAAGGGGGUGUGGUCACAGUGGAUGUCACAGAUAAAAUGGCUGUUGAUCUGAGGCCCUUUGUCGCGAGUCCUGUGGCUGAAGAUGGCAGACUGCUGUGUGAAAAUGUGACCUUGGCCUUAAAUUACAAAUUCUUCUGGAAAGGGAAUGGUCUCACAAAUAUCACACUAACCCGCAUACUUGGGAAUGUCCUUUCUGCUAGUGUGGGUUUGACAGCCAGCUAUUCAGUUGUGUUUCUGAAUGGAGAUGCUUUGGCUCAGCCCAACUCGGGGAACCCAGGUUACCAGGUGGGCAGGCCUGUGAUUGGUGGGAUUGUGGACACCUUGGAGAAUGAAACAGUCAUACAGAGGACCCCAGUCAAUCUUUGGAAGCCAGUAAGCAGUGGACUGUGUGCCUCUGAGGGGAGAAUAGUACUAUUUGGGGAGAACUCAACUGCAGGAUGUCUGUUACCUGUGAGCCUACAGAACCUGACCCAAUGUAGCCUGCUUAGUCAGAAUGUGGCCUCUCUUCAGAGGGCACUGAGCACAGCAACACACAUAGCGAGGAAUGGAGACCCAGAUGUUCUGAACCUGACUGACUGGUUGAACAUUAGCUUUGUAGAACUGAACUCCAACCAGCCUGUGGGUGGUGGUAUUGGAAUAUGUUCUGGGAUUCCCUCCCACCGGCACAUCCACGUUAGGAGCAUUGUGACAGAGGUGGUGGGGGGGUUGCCUCAGUGGGAGAUACAAGCAGUGGAAGUCAGUGACCAUGUGUCCACUUGGAAGUUUGAGUGUGGAGGGGGUGACCCCUGUCUGGAGACGACUAGGAUUCAGACUUUCCCUGUCACCUCCUCCAUCACCUUCACUGAUAUCUCCAUCAACACAGGACCACCCAAAACCAGGUUUCAGAUUAACUUUACUGAGUAUGACUGCGACAGGAACGAUGUGUGCUGGCCCCAGCUUGCCUUCCCACUCACCAGGUAUUAUACAGGUGAGUCGUACUCCCUGUCUCUGGCCAAGGGCCUCAUCUUGGUGUUUUUCUUCAUCGCUGCCUCCAUUCUCGGGACUCCAUGGAAACAGAUCCGACAGGCAUGGAGAAGUGCUUCUCUCUAAACCAAUGAAUCUGAGAAAGAGAGCAAUAGUAGACAUACUGACAUGCCCUAGUUCUUGACGUGGGCUACCCACCUUGACCAUGACUGUCUAAUGGCUUACAUUUUCUUGCUCCUGCUGAACGAUAAUGGAUGAACAUAUUGUUAUUGAGCUAGUAAACAGCCAGUAAGUAAGUAAUUUUCAGGUGGUAAAUUCGAACAUGUUUAGCAGGUUUCUUUCAUGGUUGGUAAGAAUGUAAAUUAUCAAGUUGACUGUAUUUUGAUAUUUUUGUUACCUUUUGGAAAUUUUCAUUUUUGAUUUAGGCUUGAAAUGUGAAUCUGGCCUUAUUUGUCACAUGUGUCGAAUUCAAUGGGUGUAGACUUUACUGUGAAAUGCUUGCUUACUAGCCCUUCCCAAAGAUGCAGAGUAAAAAAAAAAUAUAUAGUAAAAAAUGGUAACUCGAGGAGUAAAAUACACAAGAAUGGAGCAAUAUACAGACAGGGAAUACCAGUACCAGAUCAAUGUGCAGGGGUAUGAGGUACAGUAUUUCAGGUAGAUAUGCAAAUGAAGGCAGGGUAAAGUGACUAGGCAUCAGGAUAGAUGAUAAAGAGUAAAAUAAAGAACAGAGUAGCAGCAGCAUAUGAUGACUGCAGAAGUGUUUAUAAUUAAAAUUUGAGUCCCCACACACUUGUCUGUUGGCUUUCAAUUAAAAAAUGUUUGCUUGGAUUGUGA